GCUUUCAGACUUGAAUUAAAAUGGGUAUCGACCUUGACCACCGAUUCGACCGCAAGGCGAAACGAGUUGACCCGAAAAGUGAUGACAACUACUUGAGGUUGCUAGUUCAGCUCUACAAAUUUCUAAGUCGAAGAACGCAGAGCAAAUUCAAUCGAAUUGUGCUAAAGAGGCUGUGCAUGGCGAGAAGGUUCAGACCGCCCAUGUCACUAAAAAGAUUGAUAAGAGUUAUGCUGCGGACCCGCGUGACCCCUUCAGGAAAGGAAGCAAAGCCAGUUAGCGCCAUCAAGCAUGGUUUGACUGCUGUAGUUGUGGGAUCAUUGACCGAUGACAUACGGAGAUAUGAGAUCCCCAAGGGACUCAAAGUUUGCGCUCUUCACGUGACCGCCUCUGCAAGAAAGCGAAUUUUGGAGGCUGGCGGAGAAAUCAUUACCUUCGAUGUCCUUGCUCAGCGAUCUCCUAAAGGAGAGAAAACUGUUCUGAUGCAAGGACACAGGAAUUCUCGUGAGGCUCAGAAGCAUUUCGGACCGGCCCCUGGAACACCUGGAAGUCACACGAAGCCUUACGUUAAGUCAAAAGGAAGGAAGUUCGAACGUGCUCGAGGCCGAAGAGCCAGUCGUGGCUACAAGAACUAAAAAUUCUGCGAUGACCUAUGUUGAUUGGUUAAUACUAGUUGUCAAUGGUCAUUUUCAUUGAAUUGAAUGUUCUUCAACUCCAGAUAA